AUGCUUCCGCGCAGCAAAAAAGACCUGCAACCACCGACGCUUAUUGCUAAACGCUUUUGUUUUAGCAGUGGUCUUCUCCCAUGGAGACAAGUGAAGAGAGCGGGGACUAACAAAGCAUUUAAUGCAGUCAUAUUCGCAUUCAACGUGGAUAUACCUCCCGCUUUAGCCGUAGAGGCGAAGCAGAACAAUGUAGAAGUGAAAAGGCACAACGUUAUUUACAUAUUGGUGGAUGAGGUGAAGCAGCUCAUCAAUCAGAAGAUUCCCACUACACAGCAGGAGGAGCUUCUUGGUGAGGCAAAAGUUUUGCAACAGUUCCUAGUUUCGGAACGCAAGAAGAAAGUGCCGGUGGCUGGAUGUCGCUGUACCAAAGGAACGCUUUUGAGACAGGCUUUGUAUAAAGUGAUACGGAAUGAUCAAGUCGUGUUUGAAGGUAAAUUAGCCUCAAUGAAGCAUUUAAGAGACGAAGUAACAUCAAUAAAGAAUGACACUGAAUGCGGGAUCCGGUUCGAUGAUACGAGUUUUGACGUACAGGCCGGAGAUAUCGUAGUGUGCUAUAAACUCGUAGAUGUCACUCAUACAACUGAAUGGGAUCCUGGAUUUUAG